AUGGCGGAACGGAGCACGGUUCAAAAGGCCGUCGACGAGUACAUUGCUACUCUUGAGGUUCCUCUACGAGAGCUUAAUAAAAACAUUCACGAGAAUCCGGAACUAGCGUAUGAAGAGCAUCACGCUCACGACACCCUCUGCGCCUUUCUGGAAUCCUUGAAUAUCCCAGUAACUCGCCAUGCGUACGGGAUCUCGACGGCAUUCGAGGCUACAGUCGGUGGUCAAGGACGGUGUGUCAAUUUCAACGCCGAAUACGAUGCUCUACCCGGGAUCGGACAUGCAUGUGGCCAUAAUCUUAUUGCCAUAGCCAGCGUGACGGGCUUCCUGGCUCUGGCAUAUGCUAUCAAGAAAUUUGGCCUCCCUGGUCAAGCGCAGCUACUCGGCACUCCUGCAGAGGAAGAUGGAGGAGGAAAGAUUGAUCUGAUCACCGCCGGAGCUUACAAGAAGGUGGACUUGUCCCUAAUGAUUCAUCCCAUGUCAGAGGACGAGUUUCUUGAUCAGAAGGCCACGGGUAUAGCUGGACGCUCAUCCAUCUCUCUGUACGAUAUAACCUGUACCUACGAAGGGGUGAGUGCUCAUGCAGGAGUCAAUCCCUGGGAAGGCGUCAAUGCUCUGGACGCGAUUGUGAUGGCGUAUAAUGGUAUCUCCAUGCUGCGUCAGCAGAUUCGCCCUGAUGAGAGAAUCCACGGCGCCAUCGUUCAGGCUCCGAGCAUUACGAACGCAAUCCCCGAGCUGACAAAGACCAAGUAUACCGUGCGCAGUCCGACUAUCAAAGGGACCAAGCUGCUUGGUGAACGCGUGCGGCGAUGCCUGGAGGCUGGUGCAUUGGCGACGGGAUGUAAAGUCAAGCUGGAGGAAAGCACUAUCUACGCGGAUCUUGUGGUCAACUCUUCUCUUUGUGAAGAGUUUGUACAGAAGAUGGCCGAUCAAGGGGACCGGAUCCUGCAGAUGGAUAACGUUCCGAUGGCGGGGUCCACUGAUCAGGGCAACGUCUCCCAUCUCGUCCCGGCACUUCAUGGACUGAUCGGCAUUCCGGUCUCUGACGGGGCCAAAAAUCAUACACACGAGUUCACAGCCGCGGCGGGGACAGACACUGCGCAUGCUCGAAUUGUGAGGGCGGGGAAAGCCAUGGCCAUGACAGGGUGGAGAUACCUGAUAGAUGACGACUUCUCCGGCAGAGUGACUCAGGAUUUCGAUAGGAGAACUGCCUUAAAUUAA